AUGGCUCGCAUUGCAACGCGCGUUGCCGGGCAGGAUAUCCACGCUUUGAAGGGCAGUCCGCCGAGGAGACGGUGGACGAGGAGUCAGAGUCGGGAGCUUGAGACUCAUCCAGUGGAAGAUGCCCCAGCUGGGAAGUCUUCUCUCAAGAGUAGCAACUUCUGGAAGGGUAAAGGGAAAAUGAUCGGACAUGACUUGAGUGUCGUCACAGAAGAAUCACCGGUCAAGGCACCCCAGAAAUCAGGAUUUCGUGCUCGCCAUGUGAUUCCUGAGUCGCCCGAGGAUAUGCACAACAACACGAUGUCGGGCUCCACCAUCAUCGUCCCUGACGCAGAGACUGAUCAGGAGGAUGAGGACGACCAGGAUGACGAGGAGGAUCUGGAUCCGGAGUUGAUGCUCGAAUCUCUUCCUGGCUUGGAACGAUCCGCAAAGGAUGUUCUCGACUUUCUGGUGCCCAGCUCUGCGGAUCUUAAAAGUAUCGUCAACAUGGCCAAACGACUCUCAGAUCCCAGGAACACCCAAAGCAAACGACUGACCCUCCGCAAGGCUGCCCUGAAGAACCAGCCCGGGUGGUUUGAAGGUAAGACGUAUAUAGACGUCACGCGAGCUAACGAGUCUCUUUCGUCCCAUUUGACGAAGGAUGGGGUCGAGCUGAACUGGAGCGCGGAGCCUAUUCUCCAUCGCGCGAACUGUGCCCGGUUUUCACUCGAGGUCCUCCUGGCUAGUAGCAAUUCAACCGCCUUCAAAAAGGCCAUAUGGGACGUCGAAGGUCUGUUUCCGUUGCCGUUCAUGCGUGAUCUGGUCACUCGUCGGGGGGAUGCCGUUGGGGAAAGCGCGCUUGUUAAGGACACUUUCCAGCUCGCCUUAGAGAUCCGCACCCAGUUCUUGAUCAUACAGUUAGAGAACCAUCAGCAUGAUCACAGCUUCGAUCCGAACUUCAUCUUGGAAGACGGCUUCUUCCUAGAUGUGUCUGCUGACGAAGCGUUUGACAGCAGCGAUGCUCCAAUGCGUGGGUUCAACUUGCCAAGGCUUAACGUUGAAGGGUCUCUGCCCGAUGAAUUCAGAGAGGCCGCAUACGAUCGCUUCGAAGAAAUGGUCGCCAACUUGCCGGAUGAAGAUGACAGCUUUGAUAUUGACGACCUUAAAACCACCUACCCCUGGCGGAGCUUCCUUCUGCGAGCGGCUCGAUGGAUUCGCAAGCGGUGCGAGGAAAUUGACGAAGACUUAAGCCGCCAGCAGAGUGCAGAGUCUGCGCGCGAGGAAUUUUUUGCAGAUAUUGACGCCAAGGACCGUCGCAGUAGCAGCGUGAUAGAUCGCUCUAGUUUGGCUCUGCGACGUACAGAAGAACGGAGUGAACGGGGCACGAUCGCUUCUCCCGACAAUCGAAGGGAGUCAGUCAUGCCACCCGCGACUCCCAAAGACACGCCGAGCGCCGUUGAGUCCAAGAAACGGAGAAAAUCUGGCAAACCCGCCUUUUUAAACAAAUUGUCCCUUGAACGCAUAGCACAAAGAAGGCUAAACCCUGUGGUUUCCGUCAAGAAUUCCGAGGCGCGUAGACAAUCGGAUGGUGCCGCGAGACCAGCUCCAGAAACUGUCCAUAAGGAAUCUGCAUCGCAGCUUCGGCGCCAGACCCUACCAGCAUCCCGGCUAUCGAGACGGACACCGUCGGACGAAGCUACCGAAGAAGCAGCCGAAGAACAUUUUGAAGAGCCUGUUGAAGAACUCGCUGAAGAGCCUGCGGAAGAGUCCGUUGAAGAGCCCGUUGAAGAGCCCGUUGAAGAGCCCGUUGAAGAGCCCGUUGAAGAGCCUACUGAAGAGCCCGUUGAAGAGCCCGUUGAAGAGCCCGUUGAAGAGCCUACUGAAGAGCAUAUCGAGGAGCCUACUGAAGAACUGGUCGAGGAGCCCACCGAAGAACACAUCGAGGAGCCAAAUGAAGAGCCUGCCGAAGAACCCACUUUCCAUGAAUCCCCGUCACUCGUUCAGCAUGACGAACACGACUUCAAUGUAGACAGCGAGUCCGAACUGUUUGUCGGCGAACGCACCCAGUUAGAGAAGUCACACAGUCCCGUAAUGAGAAGGACCUCACGGGAGCCUCGGUAUGCCAGUCUGGGCCCAGUCCGGACCAAGCUCUUCGCACCCGAGUUACGGCUAGAGUCAACCUCUACGCAGACGCGCAGCGGGUCUCGCGCAAUGCUCUCCAGUCUUGAACUGUGGAAAGCAGCCAACGGCGACGGUCCAUCACAACCUAGCAAAAAGCCCGAACAGGCCUCCCGAUUCAUCGACCGGCAAGCAAACGCGCACCGCGUGUCUCCCAUCAGCCAAGCCGAUCCACCAAGCGUCGAACGGCGCCACCCCAAACAGCAGUCCAAGAAACGGCGACGCCAGGAAUCAGAGGAGGAUGACGAGAGCGACGGCGAGUUCAGCAACUACAGUCGGCCCGUCGACACCGCACGCAAACGGGCGGAAAAGCCCGCCCGGCCUCAGAACAAACGCCAGCGAAUCGAAGCACACGACGAGUCUGCAGCCCAGCUGCUGAACGGUCUGGAAGAGACCACGCGCAGAAGCACUGUCCCUGAAUCCCCUGAGGCAGCGGCUCGGAGCACUAACCCCGUCCCUGUGUCCUCUAGCGCAAGACACACGGUCACAUCGACCAAGGCGCCGGUGCGAUGGACGGCGUCCGAAGACAAGCGGCUGAUCCGGUUAAUCGAAGAGGUUGGGCUGGGCGGGCCCAAGGGCAGCGGAUGGUGCAAAAUCGCCAGUCAAAACGAGGCGCAGCCCGUCCGGGAGGGGGAGAGCCGCAUCGAAGGGCGAAACCAAGUCCAGCUCAAGGACCGAGCGAGAAACAUCAAAAUCAGAUAUCUCAAGGACCGAAAAACUCUCCCCUCGAACUUCGAGCAUGUGACUAUGAAAGAGAAAGACCGGGCUAUGCUCGCGGCAAAGGGCAUCAGCGUGUCUUAA